ACUUGAUGUGUUAAUAAUGAGUUCAACAAAAAAAGGAACGAGAGACGUCGUUCGGCAAGAACGCUACAGUGGCGGGCAGAGGUCGUUACUCGCGCGCAACGAUUAGCGGGAACGUUGUCUGGGAUCCGUCCGCCCAGAUUUGAAUUGCUCCGGCAGCAUUCCUGCUCGAAAUCUCGGAUAUUUGUGGAGAAUAUACGGCAAUGGGGGAAUCUAAGAGAGCAAUCGAAGUUCGAAGCUUGUGCGGUGCAUCCACCACCAUCUCGAUUGCUCCCGAGAAAAGCAUUCGCGAACUCAAGCUACUCUUGAAGGAAUCUUUCCCUCCUGCCUUCAAAUCUUCUAAUUUUCAUCUCUUCCUCAAGGGCGCAAAAUUGGGUUUGCAUAGUAAGAUAAGUGGUCAUUCCAUCGAGCCGGGAGAAUUCAUGGUUCUCAUUCCAUUUACGAAGAAGGAUCACCACCAGACCCAUGACUCCGGUCAAUUUGGAUCUGACUUGAAACUUCCUGAUCAGAGCCAAGCCUCAAACUUUCCUGAUUCAGCAUGGUCCGAUAUGAUGCUAGACCUAUCAUCUUUGCAAAGCAUAUCUAAUAAUGAAAAUCAACGUGAGCUUGUGUCAGAUACCACAAAUAUUGGAGUUAGGAAUGAUGACUUGAUUUGUACAUUAAAACCUAAACGCAAAAGGGGCUUUGACGGUGAUAAACCUGAAGGAUACCCAGAUGACAUAUUGAGUAUAUUACAUUCUGUCAGUGAUAACUUUCUUGAUGCACAAAAUUGCGAAAAAUUUGUUAAGGUUUUGGACUCGGUCAAUUGUUUAUCAGAUCCAUAUUCUAGAAGCUGCAUGGUAAGGAGAGCCAUUUUACCAGUCAGUGACGAGGUGCUGCAUAUAGAUAACAGUAGCUCAUGCAUGUGCCCAUCAUGGCUGAAUACAAUAGUGAAGGCAUUUUCUUUCUUAAACAUGUUUGCUGCAUCUUCUCAAAUGCACGGGGAAGGAAUCACUUGGGUUUGUUUGAAGGAAGCACUGAAUGAAUUGAGGAAAUGCGGACUCAAAGUUGGUAUUACAGAUUUAGAGAACCUUUCUGUUAUUUGUCCCAAGAUAGUGCGCUUUACUGAUAAUGAAAUGGAAGCCAAAAAAUUGGGUAAUGCCCUUCUUAUUAUAAAUUGGUCAACAGAAGGGAAGGAUCAAGUUCAAAAUAAUUCAAGAGCUGCUCAAAGGCAGGUGUCUAAUUCAAAAAUUAUGAGUGCAAUGAAGAAACGAGAAAGUUCAUUCAAAUCAGAUUUGUGGGGAACUAUUAAACUUUUAAUGUGCAAGAAUGGAAAUGACAUGGCUGCAUUCUUUCCGUUGGAAGAUCUCCUCACAUAUGCAAAAGGACGUGGCGCUAUUACAGGCAGAAAUGAGGCCAAAUCGGGAAGGAGAAGCUGUUCUGCAGCCUCAAAUUCUCAUUCAGAUCGAAAACGAUGCUGUGAGAAGAAUCCAUUGCUACCACUUGAAAUGAUAGAGCAUCUCAGGAAUGGUAUUGGAGCUGGAGGACAGAUGGUGCACAUUGAAGAAAUUAGGGCCAAAAUGGCCAUUUAUACGGAAAUCCCAGAUGUACUUUCUGAAACUACAAAAUCAGCACUCAAACACAUUGGCAUUAAUAGGUUGUACAGCCAUCAGGCAGAUUCAAUACAGGCUUCCCUUUCUGGGAAGAAUGUUGCUGUGGCAACAAUGACAUCCAGUGGGAAAUCUCUAUGCUAUAACUUGCCAGUUCUGGAAGUGUUGUCACAAGAUUUGUUAUCAUGUGCACUGUACCUAUUCCCAACAAAGGCCUUGGCACAAGAUCAACAAAGGGCUUUGUUAUUUAUGACAGAAGGGUUUGAUUCUAGCUUGAAAAUUGGUGUAUAUGAUGGUGAUACUUCACCGGAGGAUAGGGUGUGGCUGCGUGAUAAUGCUAGACUGUUGAUCACAAAUCCAGAUAUGCUACACAUGUCAAUCUUGCCUCUCCAUGAACAAUUUAGGAGAAUUUUAUCAAAUCUUAGAUUUGUGGUCAUUGAUGAAGCCCAUGUGUAUAAGGGGGCAUUUGGAUGUCACACUGCUCUCAUUUUGAGGAGACUUCGUCGACUUUGUUCACAUGUUUAUAGUAGUGAUCCUUCUUUUAUUUUUUGUACUGCAACUUCUGCCAACCCCCGGGAGCAUGUUAUGGAACUUGCAAAUCUGUCAACACUGGAGCUGAUUAAGAAUGAUGGAAGUCCUUCUGCUUCAAAGCUUUUUGUUCUAUGGAAUCCUUCCUUAUGUCUGAAAACAGUUUCGAGAAGAACUCAGACUGGCUUGGAUGCUAGUAAAAUUGUUGCCAGACGCUCAAGCCCAAUUGUGGAAGUUUCAUGUCUCUUUGCAGAAAUGAUCCAGCAUGGACUCCGUUGCAUUGCUUUUUGUAAAACACGCAAACUUUGUGAACUUGUUUUAGGCUAUACGCGUGAGAUUCUUCAGGAGACAGCUCCCUUUUUGGUUGACUCUGUAUGUGCUUAUCGUGCUGGCUACAUUGCUCAGGAUAGGAGAAGAAUAGAAAAUGAGUUUUUUAGUGGCAAACUUUGUGGUAUUGCUGCUACAAAUGCUCUAGAGUUGGGCAUCGAUGUUGGACAUAUUGAUGCAACUUUGCAUCUAGGAUUUCCUGGUAGUAUUGCUAGCCUGUGGCAGCAAGCUGGAAGAUCUGGGAGACGGGAAAGACCAUCACUUGCAGUAUAUGUUGCUUUUGAUGGGCCUCUUGAUCAGUAUUAUAUGAAAUUUCCACAAAAACUCUUCAGAAGCCCAGUAGAGUGUUGUCAUAUAGAUGCUCAAAAUCAGCAGGUGCUUGAACAGCACUUGGUCUGUGCUGCUCUUGAACAUCCACUGAGUUUGCUUUAUGAUGAGAAAUAUUUUGGUUCUGGAUUGAACAGUGCCAUAAUGUCACUCAAAAAUAGGAGUUUCUUGAUGUCUGAUAGAUCGUGUGAUUCUUCUGCUAGAAUAUGGAACUACAUUGGGCAUGAGAAAAUGCCUUCUCAUGCUGUUAGUAUUCGAGCGAUAGAGGCUGAGCGGUACAAAGUAAUAGACAAGCAAAGAAAUGAACUACUUGAAGAAAUUGAGGAAAGCAGGGCUUUCUUUCAGGUAUAUGAAGGUGCAGUGUAUAUGCACCAAGGGAAAACUUAUCUGGUAAUGGACUUGAAUGUAUCAAGUAAAAUUGCUUUGUGCCAAGCAGCUGACUUAAAGUAUUAUACCAAAACUCGUGAUUACACAGAUAUUCACGUCAUUGGUGGUGAGAUUGCCUAUCCAGCAAGGAUUUCAAAGGUUGGGUUCUGUCAGACUACUGCUCAAGCACAUCCUUGCAAAGUAACAACAACUUGGUUUGGUUUCCGUCGGAUAUGGAGAGGAAGCAACCAAGUCUUUGAUACUGUUGAACUUUCACUUCCUACAUAUUCAUAUGAAUCACAGGCAGUCUGGAUUCGAGUUCCUCAGUCAAUAAAAACAGCUGUGGAGAUUAAAAAUUUUUCAUUUCGUUCAGGCCUGCAUGCUGCUUCUCAUGCUCUUUUAAAUGUAGUGCCUUUGUAUAUAAUAUGCAACACAUCUGACUUGGCUUCAGAGUGUGCAAACCCUCAUGAUACCCGCUACAUUCCAGAAAGAAUUCUAUUAUACGAUCAGCAUCCGGGAGGUACUGGUAUUUCAGCACAGGUGCAACCACGUUUCACGGAACUAUUAGGUGCUGCUCUGGAGCUUCUUACAUCAUGCUGCUGCACGGGAGACACUGGUUGCCCAAACUGCGUACAAAGUCUUGCUUGCCAUGAGUAUAAUGAGGUCUUACACAAGGAUGCAGCAAUCAUGAUCAUUAAGGGUGUUCUUGAUGCAGAGAAGUUGUACUUCGGAGGGCACUAACACUUUUCCAAAACCGUUGAAGACUGCUUUUCUACAACUUAAUGGCAGAACGCUAACAAAUUUCUAACCCACGCACAUCCAGUUGCCGCAUAGGAGAGGGAUUAACCUUUUUAGCUUUUGUUUCUUGGUUUUGUUUUGGCUUUUUGUACAAUGGGCAUCAUUAAUGGGAAUUAGGAGGUAAUAUGUUUGGCCACACAGGUUUACAUUUUGAAAAGGAAUAGCAAGUUUCAAGUUAUAGCAGCUAAUUUAAAUUAGGUAUAUUGAAGGUUCCCAGAGAAAAGCUGAAACAGAGCUGAGUUCGUCCUGGUUUUGAGCCGACAAUUUUUUUUGUAUUAUUGGCACCACACUUGAAUCAAUUGACAAAUUUAAUUCUCUCCAAA